GUCGUCAACACACUGAAUUUCAGCGCGCGGAGAAGUGGGGCAUACCCUAAUACUUUUGUAUUUUUCCCCCUUGUGGAGCCGAUUAUCUUUUCUACAUCAUAGAUUUGGUAAAUAUAAUCUUUACGCGACCGUGUGGCCGUCUAAUCUGUCAUACAAGAAUCGAGGUUUUGUUUUAAAUUCGGUUCGAAUCCAAAAAGGUGAAACAUGUGGGCAGGGUUUUGAACGUCACCCGGGAAGCGCGUGUCAUUAACAAAGACUGGAAAUUAUCGUUAAUUUUUUUUUUUAUUUAAUAAAUAAAAAAAACCGCGUUCGACGAGUCUCGCUGGAAGAUGUGAAUGACUUUCAAUGGACCCGUAUUAAUUUGACAUUUUCUCACUCUCUCUGUUUGUCUUUAUGUGCUUGUUGUUUUUGAAAGUCUCAGAGAAAGAGAUAAAGAGAAAGAUGCCGCUUCUCCACAAGAAGCCCUUCGUGAGGCAAAAACCGCCCGCAGAUCUCCAACCAGACGAAGAAGUCUUCCUGUGUAAAGUCACACAUGAAAUCUUCAGGACUUACGAUGAAUUCUUUGAGAGGACCAUUCUGUGUAACAGUCUGGUUUGGAGUUGUGCAGUGACUGGGAAGCCUGGCUUGACCUACCAGGAGGCAUUAGAGAGUGAGAGGAGGGCCAGACUUAAUCUUCAGAACUUUCCCACUGCACUGAUGGUCCCUAUCCUGCACCUGACCGCACUUACACAACGCUCACGCCUGCAUGAAAUAUGCGAUGACGUGUAUGCCUACGUGAAAGAUCGCUUCUUUCCCGGAGAGAUGGUAGAUGUUGCCAGUCGCUCUGGUACUAGCAGACAACACUGCAAGAUAUUGGAGGUCAUACCUCCCCAUUCCAAUGGAGCAGUCAAUGGCCAUGUCAAACAUCAUAUAGAGGGUGACUCAAUUGUCAUCAGUGACAGUGAUGAGGAGACCCCUGUCACCUCUCCCAAAACUUCAUCAAAUGGAAAGAAGAAAGCCAUCAGUCCAUCUUUGUUUAAAUACACAGUUCAGCCUGUCAACCCAGAGGGUUGCGAAGCAUUAGUAGUAAAAGCUGCUCAGAUUAAUCGUAAAAAGAAUGUUUUUAGUCGUGACAGAUUGAAGCUCCUGCUUAAACAGCACUGUGAACCAAUAAACGGGACCGUCAGACUGAAGCCAUCAACAGUUGCAAAAUACAAGUUAUCAGAACAGAGUCUUUCCCACUUCUUCCCGGAUGAACCCCCAGUUUUUGCCUUCAGUCCGCCUGGAAAGGGCAGAGGUCGCCGUCCAAAUGAUGUCUCUCCAACAGAGAUGAAUUAUGUUGAAGAGAGAUUAAAACUGUUGCAACAGAAAGAGCAGAUGUUGGCUGUGGAAAAAUGUAAGAAAGAGAGAGAUCUAAUAGAGGCCAAAAAGAAAGAGAAGGAGGACAAGGAGAGAAAGAGAGAGGAGAUGAAGAGGAUGAUGGAAGAGGAGAAGCUUAGAAGAAAAGAGGAGAGGGAACGAAUGAAGUUUGAGAAAGAGAGGGAACGAGAGAAGCUAAAGGAGGAAAAGAAAAAAUAUGCAGAGCGAUUGAAGAUAUGGAGCAAACCUCGAGAGGACAUGGAAUGUGACGACCUAAAGGAGCUGCCAAAACCCUUGCCAGUGAAAACACGUCUUCCUUCAGAGCUGUUUGGAGAUGCUUUGAUGGUGCUAGAGUUCCUCAAUGCUUUUGGAGAGCUGUUUGACCUAAAGGACGAGUUCCCUGAUGGCAUAACACUGGAGGUUCUGGAGGAGGCAGUGGUUGGCUGUGAUCCUGAGGGGCCGCUCUGUGAGCUGCUCUUCUUUUUCCUGUCUGCUAUAUUCCAGGCUUUAGCUGAGGAGCAGGAGGAAGUGGCCAAGGACCAGGUGGCGGAAGCUGACACGAAAGAUCUGAGUGAGGCUCUGGAGGAUGAUGCUGACCCAACACAGUCUGCCAUCAGUGCCGUGGCGUCACUAGCUGCUGCCUGGCCACAGCUCCACCAAGGCUGUAGUCUGAAGCAAUUAGAUCUGGACAGCUGUACCCUCUCUGAGAUUCUGAGGCUGCACAUCCUGUCCUCAGGGGCUGACCUCUGCUCCACCAAUGCCAAGUUCCGCUACCAGAAGCAGGGUGGGUUUGGCUCCACUGAUGACCCCUGUGUAGAGCUGCGUCUGUUAAACCAAGGCCUGCUCAAAAAGCUCUCCUCCACGUCUGUGUAUGACCUGCUGCCUGGAGAGAAGCUAAAGAUCCUACAUGCUCUGUGUGGGAAGCUGCUGACUCUGGUUUCAACACGAGACUUUAUAGAAGACAACGCUGAUGACCAGAGAGCUGCCAAACAGGAACUGCGAGAGCUUAAAGCUGAACAGCAUCGCCGAGUGAGAGAGGAAGCCGCCGAGAGGGUUCGGAAAAGAAAGGAGGAGAAGCUGAGGGAACAAGAACAGAAAUUGAAAGAAAAGCAUGAAAAACUCAAAGAGGAAGCAAAAAAUGAAAGCUAUGUGGCAGUAGAGGAGAUGGACACAAGCACAGAGAGUCAGGAAGGACACGCUGAACACACUGAAGAUGAGGAGGAGCAACCAACCACAUCUAAGAAAGUAAAGAAAAUGAAAAGCUCCCCUAAAGAAAAGCAGGUUAAUGAGGUUGAAGUGAGAGACAGUCUAAGUCCAGAGGAGUUACAGCAACAGCAGCUCAAAGAGAAAGAACUUCUGGAACGGAUUCAUACAUCAAUGACCUGCACUUACAUUCUGCCUCUUGGCCGAGACCGGCUCUAUCGCCGCUACUGGCUGUUCCCUUCCGCUGGAGUGCUGUUCGUCGAAGAUGACUUCUUUGGUUUGACAGAGGACAUGCUAGAGCCCCAUCCAACCCCUGAACCCAAAAUAGAGGAGCCUUCCUCUGCUGAGAGCCCUGUGAAGACCGACUACACCACUGAAGAGCCAGUGCCGGUCCAGAACACCUCACCCCCAGUUAACAGGCCCAAUCAGUGGUCCUUCUACAGCACACCUGAGGAGGUGGAGCAGCUCAUAGAAGCUCUGAACCCUCGUGGACACAGAGAAAGUGCCCUCAAAGAGGCUCUGCUGCAGGAGAAGGACAGAAUCAUUCAACUGCUGGAUGGCAGUGCUAUUCAACGUUACCACCAAUCAGAAAAAACACUGCCUGAUGCCAAAGGCAAUACUGUAAAAUCUAAGGGUGGCCCAUCUCGACCAGAAAGCACUGUGCCUGCUGAGCGCUUCAUGGAGAAUCGUCUCAAAGAUUUACUACUGGAUAUUGAGGACCGCAUCUAUCAGGGAACUCUGGGGGCAAUUAAAGUGAUGGAAAGAAGUUCAUGGAGAGCAGUAUUGGAAAGCGGGAACUAUGAACUACUGAGCCCAGAUUCUAAAGAGAAUGGGUUGAUUAACGGCGUAGAGGAGGCAAUGGAAAUAGAUGAGAACCACAUCAAAGUCAAAGACAGGCUGCAAGAGCUAAAGACAGAGUGUCAGAGCGCCACAUCCACUAGUGUGAGCACACCUCAGCCUGUCAACAACACCGUCCACUACUUGGCAAAAGCCCUGGCUCAGAUUGAGCAGGGCAUAGAGCGCAAGUUCCUGAAAGCUCCACUGGGUGAUGAUGAUACCAAAAAAGACCAAAAGAUGAAGAAAAAGGACAAGAAGAAAGAUGACGACCAGUCCAGUGAGAAAGAUGAUGGCAGUGAGAGUGGGCGGCAGGUGAAGACCGUGCAGGAGCGCUGGCGUGAGUCUCUGUUGAGUUGUUCCAGCCUGUCACAGGUUUUCCUACAUCUGUCCACACUGGACCGCAGUGUAGCCUGGGCCAAAUCCAUCCUCAAUGCCCGCUGUAAGGUGUGCCGCAAGAAGGGAGAUGCUGAGAACAUGCUCUUGUGUGACGCCUGUGAGAGAGGCUACCAUAUUCACUGUGUACGGCCAAAACUGAAGACUGUUCCUAGUGAAGACUGGUUCUGCCCAGAGUGUCGGCCCAAACAGCGCUCCCACCGAAUCAACUCCCGUCAGCGCUCCUCCGUUGACUCUGAGGAGGAAAUGGAGGAAGAGGAAGUGUCUGAAGACGAGGAAGAGCAAUCAGAGGAGGAAGAAGAGGAGUCAGAGGAAGAACAAUCAGCGGAGGAAGAGAAGGAAAGUUUUUCGAAGAAGGCUGCUGUCAAGCUUCCUCUCCAGAGCAAUAAAGGAGGCAAAUCAAACAACAAACCAAAACAAGCUGAAUCAAGUCAUUCCACACCUCGCUCCCAGCAGAGCACACCCAAACAGAGCCAAUCAACUAAUAAAGGAGGCUCUAAAAACUCAGGGAAGAAACCCACCCCAGUGUCCAACGGCAAACCUCCUGCCCGGGCGGGCAGCCGCUCCAGUGCUCGUCUUAGUCUUGAGGUCCUCUCCACUAAUGACACAACAGCCAAAUCCAGCAACCAGUCCAGUCCUGCUGCACAGAAUACAGACACCAGGAAGAGACCAAUUACUGCAGAGGUCUCCCCAAAAGCCAAGAUUAUCUUGGCCCCAACCAAUUCUUCAUCCAACCGUCGAAGCUCAGGGAGAAACUUGGGUGUCCAUGAGCUGUCAGCUUGUGAGCUGCUCACUGUGGAUCUGGUCAGACAUGAAGACAGCUGGCCCUUCAAGAAACUGGUGUCCAGAACUCAGGUGCCUGAUUACUAUGACAUCAUCAAGAAACCCAUUGCCUUGAGUACAAUCCGGGAAAAGGUCAACAACUGUGAAUAUCAAACAGCUGCGGAAUUCGUUGAAGAUGUGGAGCUAAUGUUUUCCAACUGUUUGGAGUACAAUCCAUGCAGUACCAACGAAGCAAAAGCUGGUCUACGGCUGCAGGCCUUCUUCCACUCUGAACUUCAAAAACUCGGCCUGGCUGACCGCAUGACUCCUCCACAGAAACGAGCACGGAUGUAAACGAAAGUUCCGCACAACCCCACCAACUGGCUGAGGCUGAAGGCCGGUUCAUAAUCCGCUGUCUAAUUAUGUUGGUCCAUGGCAUUUGUGGAACGUUCAUGAACAUUAUUGUGUGGUGUGACACAAUAAAAAUUCUACCUAGCCCUUGUUCACGAGAAAAUGUAUGUGCAGAGUGCAAACGAAAUGUCACUCUGACUAGUAUCAAGUGGCAUUUAUCAUUACAGCCAGUGACGGGAGUAUAAAUCAGCCUUUAUUCCCACUAGUAUGAAAUCUUUGAAUCCUAAUGCGUUUUUCUUCCCAAGAAAAAGCUGUGCUGUGAAAGUGUUUGCACUGUGUUUUCUGAAAUGUCCUGUUUCAUUCAAGUUAACUCAGGACAAAUAUCAUUGUGUGUUUUUGUGUUUCUCGAAAUGGUGCGUCUGUAUUUUGUACCUGCAUUUCUAGACUAUUUUGUAUACAUUCUUACAAACUUGAGUCUCUCUUGAAAUGAAAAAUUAAGUCUUGCAGCUCAAAGGAACAAAUAGUAUUUCUGUUUUGUAGUUGUGAAUAGUUCUUGUAAAAAAAAGAAUCUCAGGUCCCUAUAGCUUGCUCAUACACUACAUAGGAACCAAAACUAUCCCCCUUUUAUUAUUUUCCUUUUCACUUGUGUACUGGUUAUUUAUUUAGAUUUGGGUAUAAUUUGCUUGCUUUAUUUAUAAGAUUGUUUUUAUAAGUUCUGUUUGUCCAUUUCCCCUUUAUUUUGUUAAAGAAGCUUUAGUUAGUUCCAAAGAGCAGAAAGCUGGGUGAAUUACAGUUUUAUUCUCCCAGGUCUUAAAGAUUAAUUUUACCUGCUGUGUACAUGGGUUUUGAAGUUUUCUGUAUGUAAAAUAAAUUUUGUUAAUAUUUG